AGCAGGGACGCCCCUCUGCCAAAGUAGUUCUGGGAUCUUCUAAGGGGCCUCUCAGUCCCGCUCAGGCUGUUUCAUCUUCAUCAUCUUCAUCCCUGCAGGCUGAAGCUGUGCGGUCAUGGCGGUCCUUCUGCUGCUCGCUGCAACGUUCCUGCUCAGCUGCAUCGAUGCUCAGAGCGUCCGAGCUCGCCAUCAGAACAUGAAGGUCCGGAUCAACGCCACCGGUGACACCAUCGUCAUGAAGUUUGUGCGUCCCAGCGCUCCGGUGAAGCUGGAAGGUUACAUCCUGGGAUACGGAAGCAGGAUGUUCUCCAGACAGUUCAUCCAGCUGCCCGAGAAUGGACAGACCUACGAGACGGAGAUAGACGCAGAACCGAAGUACCUGGUGGCGGUCCAGCCAGUCCAGGCCAACGACGUGAAGAAAACCUGCACAGGUAAGGUGGACCUGGAGAAGAUGCUGCACCUCGUCAUCACCUCCGUCAGCCCCACGGCGGUGCUGCUGUCCUGGGGGAACCACCUGAAGACCCCCUACGAAGGGGACAUCCGGAGGGAGUGCCUGGAGGACGGGUUCUACACCGUCCGCCACAGGGAGAGGAACCGGGAGUGGAUCUACCAGACGUGUCCCACCAGCGACAUGGUCAUCGACAAACUGAAGCCCAACACGCCGUACGAGUUUGGCGUCCGUUCCAACACGGAUGGGAAAGCCGGUUUGUGGAGCAAGCCGCUGUUCCACAGCACCAGCAUGGGCAAUAAAAAUGUCAAGAAACCCGUGAAGAUGCGGAUGUCUCCUAGAAAGCCGAUGAAAGCGGAUUCCUUCUUCCCGCCGCGGCUCGCUUUGCAUAACGCUACGAGGCCUCGCCCCCCCUCUGCCGUCGGCGUCCACAGCUUUCCCGGAUCGCAGGGCUCCUUCGGCAGCAGGGUCAGAAACGACGGCGCCCGGCGGGCCCAGCAUCCUCCCUCCCUCUCUAAAUUCCUGCCGACCUCCACCCCUUCUGCCAACAUCACUGCCUCCCCCCACGCUAACCUGCCCCCCAGGAACGGCUCAUCUCCUAACCGGACCACCACAGCGCCCUCUGGUGUCUCCGCGACGCCUCCUAACGCUGCGGCCGUCCACAGGUCACGGGGGGACUGGUCCCUGCUGAGGCCCGCUCUGGCCAAUGAAAGGGCCAAAGCUAACACCUGGGGUCACAGAAACCUGUCGCUGCCCCCGCAGCCCCACGGCCCGCCACCUCCCACAGAGGCCGGAUCCUCCAGCCCAGCGUCCAGAAACCACCUCUAUCCAUUGUCUAACGGCCUUAGAGCACCCCAAGCUUUUCCUAGAUCCAGUAACUCCUCCCCGACGACAGGGAGGCUUGGGGUAAAUGGACACCGGCGCCGGGGCUUUUCGGCGCCCAAACUAGCCAUAUGGCACCGACACCGACAGGGAUCUUCUCCUCACCCGGUCAUCAACACCAGAACUAACAAGGUGGCCAAACCUGGAGGAACCGACAAGGAGAACAUCUUCCAGCUUUCUGACAAGCUCCACAUCUUGCACCCCAAAGUCCCGGCGGUGACGACCAAGCCCACCAAGAAGGACUGGCGGCAGAGCUCAACCGCCACGCCCACAAGCACAGCUCCAAAACAGGAAACGUGGGAGGAGUCUGAUCUCUUCAAGUCUGAGCCCGCCUCAGACCUGGACGCCAUGGGGAAGAAACGCUACGUAGCUCCUCACGUUGUCUACCAGACUGGUAAGAAGCCGGAGGAACCCUGCUCCAUCACCACCUCCCUCAGCUACUUCCCUGAAGAGGAUCGUGGCGAGGCCAACGUGACGUCUCCUCCCAGGAACGCUCCUUCCAACCUGACGGUGGUGACGGUGGAGGGAUGUCCGUCCUUCGUCAUCCUGGACUGGCAGAAAACAGACAACGACACCACAGAGUACGAAGUAAUUUCCACCUCCAAAGGUCCUGAUGGAGAACAGGUUUCUGUCCUGACCACCAACCAGACCCACACUCCUGUGGAGAAUCUCAAACCUGACAGCACAUAUGAGUUUAAGGUGAAGCCCAAGAAUGAGCUGGGUGCAGGUCCUCCGAGUGAACCCGUGUCCUUCAGCACAGAGUCGGCGGACCCCCGUGUCAGCGAGAACGUUUCAGGAAAAGACGCCAUCUGGACUCAGUUUCCCUUCAAGACCGACUCUUACUCCGACUGCCACGGAAAGCAGUACAUCAAGAGAACCUGGUACCGCAAGUUUGUUGGAGUCCAGCUGUGCAACUCCCUCAGGUACAAGAUCUACCUGAGUGACUCCCUGAAUGGGAAGUUCUACAACAUUGGAGAUCUGAGCGGUUUCAGUGAAGAUCACUGCCAGUUCGUGGACUCCUUCCUGGAUGGACGGACCGGCCGGCAGCUCAGAGCGGAUCUGCUCCCCCCCAGACCCGGGUUCUUCAGGGCUCUCCGGCAGGAACCGGUCCACUUUGGACAGAUUGGUGGACAUUCCCACAUCAGCUACGUGUCCUGGUAUGAGUGUGGAACCCCCAUCCCUGGUAAAUGGUAGUCUUGGAGAGAAUCGUGAAGAACCCUCACCUGGGCUGGGACGCCAGCUGGGGGCCAAAGGCCAGUGGAGCCCCUGCAGUACCCAGAGCUGUAAAAAAUGUACAGGACUUCCUGGGGGGGCUGUAAGCAGAGAGCAUCUUCAGACUAUAGCAGCGCCUGAUCUUUGUACUCAUGGGGGUCAGAGCGGGGGGGGGGGGGGGGUGGGGGGGGGGGUGGGCUCCUCAGACUCAUUCUAGAUUCACUUUGUGGUUCCGUCAUGGGGAGCUGGUUCCCUGGAGGAAUCUUUCCAUAACUCGUGAGUUGUUAUUUAUCAGACACUCUUUGGUUCUUCAGAGUGAGGAACAUCAGCAGCUUCAGCCUGUUCUAGGUGGAUUAGGUUCCUCAAAGGUUCUACCAAACCAUCCAGCAUGUUUCUGCAGCUGAACCUCUGGGAGGAGAAGGCGGCGGUGUUCCUGCAGAGAACAUCUAAGUUCUCAAUGAAAGUGCAGGAAUGGAGUUGAACCUCAGUUUGUUUUGGUCUCAUGAACCUGCAGGUCAUCAUGAGGAUUUACUGUAGAAACCAGGAACAUUCAGAGACGGGAACCAUCAAACUUCCAGGAUGUUCCCGAGCUUCAGCUCGGCUCUUUGGUCCUUUGUUCACCUCCUUCAGUCCUCCCACGUUCGUCAGACCUUCAGUGGAACAAACCUGCCGGUUCCUCUCGUACGUCUAUUUGGAUCAGACCUGGCUUGGUUCUGUCUGUUUCCCGUCCUGCUGGUCUGUGGUGGGAUGCUGUUCUCCACACUCACUCGCAGAACCCAGAAGGUCUUCCACAGUCAGACUGACAGCAGGACAAUCUUCUGACGUCUUUAACGUCUGUUUUCGUGUAUUCUGGAUUCCAUAAUAAAGUUCUGGUUUCUUUUUU